AGACUUCAAUAGUUUUGUCACUCGGACAAAUACUUGUGGAGAGCUACGUUCUGCUCAUGUGGGACAAGAGGUCACUCUGUAUGGAUGGAUUCAGUAUCAAAGGUCAUUAUCUUGUGGUACUCCUACAAGCAGAUCCCUCAAGAGGCUGAAGUCUGCUCUCCUGAAGUCCAGGGUAGUGAGCUUGCUGUGUGCCCUCCUUGCCAUCCUAAGGAUCUCAAACUCCACCAUUUCGUAGUCAGUGCUGCCAAGGCUGCCCUCAAGCUUCACGUUCCCCAUCAGCCCCCCCUGUUGGUGAGGAUAAGGUCCAGCAUUGUCACUCUCCUUGUUGGUUCUUUCCAUCGCUUGGAGAAGGAAGGUGCUGUCAGGGUGUUCCAGAAACCUCCUGGGUUGACUCUGCCCUGCUGUGUUGUCCCUUCGGGGGAUACUGGGGUGGUUGAAGUCCCCCAUGAGAACCAGGGCUGGUGAACAUGAGGUGACACCUGUCUGACGAUAGAGGGCCUCAUCCACUUUGUCUUCCUGGUUGGGUGGCCUGUAGCAGAUACUGUACUGUCCUGUCCCUGGCCUCCCUUUAAUCCUGGCUAAUGAGCUCUCAGUUGGAUUCUCACCCGUCACCAGACAGAGCUCUGUGCACUCCAGCUGGGCACUGUUUGUCACUGACGGUCAUUAAUGUGACUCUCCCUCCUCAUCUCCCCAGCCUGCUUUUCCUGUGCUUAUCCUUCCAUUCCAACACUCCAUCUCCAUGAUGCCAGUGAGACUGUAACCCUUCAGGUGUAUGCACACUUCUAACUCCUCUUGCUUGUUCCCCAUGCAAUGUACAUUGUCAUAGAGGUGUUUCAGUUGUGCCCCUGAUGAUGCUGGCUUAUUAGCUGGAGUGGCUGGAAGUCCUGUCUUUUUAUGUCCUGCAGUAGCUGCUUCUGAAACAAGGCCUGUUUCUGGUUUUGAGGGAUUUCCAGGGAAUGAUCCAGGUCAUAAUUCCACAAGAUGAGGCACAUUCCCAUGUGAAAAAUCUUUUGUCUAAUGCCCCAGUGGAGUCUGUUGUUCGAGUGACUGGAAUUGUGUCACCUCGACCCCCAGGGCAGGAGAAUCCGAAAAUGCCAACAGGGGAUAUUGAAGUGAAGGCGGAGACUGCAGAGAUCCUAAACUCCUGCAAGAAGCUACCUUUUGAAAUCAAGGAUUUCAUCAAGAAAACAGAGGCCUUACGGAUGCAGUAUCGCUACUUGGACUUGCGUAGCUUCCAGUUACAGUAUAACCUGAGGCUGAGAUCACGUAUCGUGAUGAAGAUGCGGGAAUAUCUAUGUAACCUCCAUGGGUUUGUGGAUGUAGAAACUCCAACACUCUUUAAAAGAACUCCAGGGGGAGCAAAAGAAUUCCUUGUACCCUCAAGGGAAGCGGGCAAGUUCUACUCUCUACCACAGAGUCCUCAGCAGUUCAAGCAGCUCCUCAUGGUUGGAGGCCUGGACAGGUACUUUCAGGUUGCUCGCUGCUACCGAGAUGAAGGUUCACGGCCUGACAGGCAGCCUGAAUUCACUCAGAUAGAUAUAGAGAUGUCAUUUGUAGAUAAAACCGGGAUCCAGAAACUGGUGGAAGGCCUCCUGCAAUAUUCCUGGCCUAAGGAAAGAGGCUCCAUUUCCACUCCUUUCCCUUCCAUGACUUAUGAGGAGGCACUGGCUGACUAUGGGACUGAUAAACCAGACACUCGUUUUGGGAUGAAGAUAGUGGAUAUUGGUGAUUUUCUACGAAGAUCAGACAUUCAGUUUGUACAGAAUGCACUCAGUUACCCACAUGGCACUGUCAAAGCCAUUUGUAUCCCUCAGGGAGUGAGAUACCUUACAAAUAAAAAUUUGGAGUCACUAAAGGAGUCUGCAAGAUCCCAGUUUAACCAGGAAAUCGUGGAAAUUAUCUGCAGGCCUGAUGGAAGCUUGAAGUCUCUGCUUACAAGGUUUCUUGGUGAGGAGCAGCAGUCACAGCUUGUCCAAGCACUGAACAUGCAGGCGGAUGAUGUGGUACUGCUGGCUGCUGGUGAAGAAAAGCAAGUGUGCUCUGCAUUAGGAAGCCUCCGGUUGGAGAGUGCUGACCUCCUUGAGGCAGCUGGGCUGGUACUCCGUGAUCCUGCAGCUUUUCACUUUCUGUGGGUGGUGGAUUUUCCCCUUUUCCUCUCAAAAGAAGAGAAUCCCACUGAACUGGAAUCUGCUCAUCACCCUUUCACUGCCCCUCAUCCUACAGAUACCAGCCUCCUCUAUUCUGAUCCCACAAAGGUCCGUAGCCAACACUAUGACCUUGUGCUAAAUGGCAAUGAAGUCGGAGGUGGCUCCAUCAGAAUUCAUAAUGCAGAACAACAGCGUUUUGUGCUGGAGAAAGUGCUGAAGGAGGAUUCUGAGGUGCUUUCCCAUCUACUUGAGGCUUUGGAGCUUGGAGCUCCACCUCAUGGAGGAAUUGCUUUAGGACUUGACAGACUGGUCUCUCUCAUUGUUGAUGCUCCAAGUAUCCGAGACGUCAUUGCUUUUCCUAAAUCCUUCAGGGGACGAGACCUGAUGGGCAAUGCUCCAGACUAUAUCACUCCAGAGGAACUAAAGCCGUAUCACAUACAGGUUUCCUGGCCUCUAGAGGAAAAAGAGGCAAACAAAAACUGACUUAAAGACAGUGAAGUAAGCUGAUCUGUAUAACUAGAGGUGCUUCUGAAUUAAGUUCAGAAGAUAUGAAUGGUGGGAGGGUGAGGGACAGUACAACCCACUGUACUAUGACAGUUUUGGGAUUGAAUGGGAGAUAGAUAUGAAGGCUCCCUGAGAGGAAUUAACUUUUAGUUGGUAAUGGAGAGCUAGAAAGGCAAAAGAGAAGAAUAUAAUUCUAACAUAGGAUAUUGAGACUGUUGGCUUUGUGGUGUCAUUGAUGAGAUUUAUAUAUUUA